UCAUCCUUCUAUGAGGUGUCCAUAGGAAGACUUGUGAUGGGAUUUGAAUCUGUGAGAUCACUCUGUCAUUCUCCCUUCCUCUAGCUACAUCUUUGUUCUUCAUGCUCUUUAACAUAAUUGCCCUGUAGCAUAACAAUUCAUUUAUUCCACAGAGUAAAUGCAGAUUCAGUUUUUAUUUUCCACAACAAAUGCGUAGUUUGUAAAAUAUAUAUACUACCAUUAAUUUAACUAAGAAUAUUAGGAAUUAAUAUUCUUAAUUGUGCCAUUAGAAAACAAUGGACUAUAAUACAUUUUCAUGCCUUGUGAAAUACAAUAACAAAUAAACUCAGCAAAAAAAGAAACAUCCUCUCAUUUUCAACUGCUUUUAUUUUCAGCAAACUUAACGUGUAAAUAUUUGUAUGAACAUAAAAAGAUUCAACAACUAAGACAUAAACUGAACAAAGGGGGGGUCAAAAUCAAAAGUACCAGUCAGUAUCUGGUGUGGCCACCAGUUGCAUUAAGUACUGCAGUGUACCUCCUCAUGGACUGCACCAGAUUUGCCCGUUCUUGCUGUGAGAUGUUACCCUACUCUUCCACCAAGGCACUUGCAAGUUCCCGGACAUUUCUAGGGGGAAUAGCCCUAGCCCUCACCCUCCGAUCCAACAGGUCCCAGACGUGCUCAAUGGGAUUGAGAUCUGGGCUCUUCUCUGGCCAUGGCAGAACACUGACUUUCCUGUCUUGCAGGAAAUCACGCACAGAACGAGCAGUAUGGCUGGUGGCAUUGUCAUGCUGGAGGAUCAUGUCAAGAUGAGCCUGCAGGAAGGGUACCACAUGAGGGAGGAGGAUGUCUUCCCUGUAAUGCACAGCAUUGAGAUUGCCUGGAGUGACAAGCUCAGUCUGAUGAUGCUGUGACACACUGCUCCAGAACAUGAUGGACCCUCCACCUCCAAAUCAAUCUCGCUCCAGAGUACAGGUCUUGGUGUAACGCUCAUUCCCUCAACGAUAAACGCGAGAUCAUCACCCCUGGUGAGUCAAAACCGCGACUCGUCAGUGAAGAGCACUUUUUGCCAGUACUGUCUGGUCCAGCGAAGGUGGGUUUGCGCCCAUAGGUGACGUUGUUGCCGGUGAUGUCUGGUAAGGACCUGCCUUUCAACAGGCCUACAAGCCCUCAGUCCAGCCUCUUUCAGCCUAUUGCAGACAGUCUGAGCCCUGAUGGAGGGAUUGUGCGUUCCUGGUGUAACUCAGGCAGUUAUUGUUGCCAUCCUGUAUCUGUCCCACAGGUGUGAUAUUUGGAUGUACCGAUCCUGUGCAGGUGUUGUUACACAUGGUCUGCCACAGCGUAGACGAUCAGCUGUCCUUCCUGUCUCCCUGUAAUGCUGUCUUAGGCAUCUCACAGUAUGGACAUUGCAAUUUAUUGCCCUGGCCACAUCUGCAGUCCUCAUGCCUCCAUGCAGCAUGCCUAAGGCACAUACACGCAGAUGAGCAGGGAGCCUGGGCAUCUUUCUUUUGGUGUUUUUCAGAGUCAGUAGAACGUUUUUAUAACUGUGACCUUAAUUGCUUACCGUCUGUAAGCUGUUAGUGUCUUAACGACCAUUCCACAGGUGCAUGUUCAUUAAUUGUUUAUGGUUCAUUGAACAAGCAUGGAAAACAUUGUUUAAACCCUUUACAAUAAAGAUCUGUAAAGUUAUUUGUAUUUUUACAAAAUUAUCUUUAAAAUACAGUGUCCUGAAAAAGGGACAUUUCUUUUUUUGCUGAGUUUACAUACCUUUUCUACAAUACCUUUAUAAAUGUUUGUUUAAAAAAAGCCAAAUCUGCUUGCUUAUAUCUUUUAAUCCCCUCACUUACAAUGAAAAAUCUUACCAGAUUUUUGGUACCCAAAUUUAAAUCUUUGUGUCUAAGUGCAAAUGUGAUAGAUCAUAAUUUUUCAUAUAGUGCUAUUGUUUCAUGUAUUUCAUAUCAAUAUAAAUAAAGUGUUCAUAGUUUUACAAGAUGGGUUCUAUCACUGUCAUUUAUUUAAAAAAAAAUAAAUAAAUAUAUUUUGUUGCACAGCUGUGUUCAGCGGACUGAGUGUUUGCAUGCAUUAUUUUGUUAUUUAUUUUCUUAGGUUGAUAUUGAUAUUGCCCUGUUUGGUCACACUAUAUAUUAGGUGGCCUUAACUACUAUGUAAUAACAUUAAAUACAUACUAUGUAUUUACUGUGUAACUUACAUGUUGUUCUGCAAAAUGCUCACAUUUGCUGUUACUGAGGUUGAGGUACGGGUAGGUUUAGGAGUUAGGUUAAGGGUUGGGUUAUGGGUAAAGUUAACAGUGUAACUACAAAUGUAAUUAAAUGCAAGUACAUUAAAUGUAAUUACAAUGCAACAACAUGUACACUGGCGGCCAAUAAUGUACAGAUUUUGCUCUUAUGGAAAGAAAUUGGUACUUUUAUUCACCAGUGGCAUUCAACUGAUCACAAUGUUUAGUCUGGACAUUAAUAAUGUGAAAAAUUACUAUUAAAUUAUUAUUAUUUUUUAAUUCAGAACUUAAACUACUUCAAAGAGUUCUCAUCAAAAAAUCCUCCAAAUGCAGCAAUGACAGCUUUACAGAUCCUUGGCAUUCUAGCUGUUAGUCCAGAUACUCAGGUGGCAUUUCACCCCACGCUUCCUGUAGCUACUGGCAGUCUGAUCAUUCGCCACUGACCACAUGAUAUUGAUGAAACGCCUAAUGUUAUCAGAGGAGCUACGGCCCCAAAUAAACCCCACCUGAUCUAUAUGUAUAAGAGAUGUCAUAACCUUACUUAAGCGGUUAGCCAAAAUUUUUGACAAUAUUUUAACGUCUUGCUGGAUCAGGGAAAUUGGAUGGUAACUCUUACAGUCGCUUGGAUCUUUGUCCUUUUUAAGAAUCAGACUGAUCCGGGCUUGCAUCAUGGUUGUCAGAAGCUUUUCAUUCUUUAAUGAUUCCGUAUAAACUUCCAGCAAAAUUGUAGCCAAUUCUGUAGCAUAAGAUCUAAAAAAAAUUCAGCGGCAAAGCCAUCUGGCUACGGAGCCUUGCCUGUAGGCAAGGCCUUAAUUGCCUCACCAAGCUCCUCCAAGGUUAUCUCAGAAUCAAGAGAAUUUCAACAAGAAACAAAGUUACUAAUAUCCUCAUCAGUAGACGGAAGACGUGGUACUAUAGAGAUCAAGAUAGAAUUCUUUAAAAGCAUUAUUAAUAUCAAUGGCCGAGGUAAAUAUUUCACCACCAGCAGAUUUCACUGAGGGAAUGGUAGAAAUGGUCUCCGUUUUAUAUAUCUAGCCAGAAGUUUUCCUGCCUUUUCCCCCAACUCAAAGUAGGACUUUCUUGCCCUGAAUAGCCAAAACUCCACCUUCCUUGACAAAAUAGUGUUAUAUCUCUAUUUCAAUCGGGUCAAUUCUCUGAGGUCAUCAGACGACAUUCUGCGCUUCAGCUCUGCCUCUGCAUUUUAAUAUUCCCUUCUAACUCCACGAGUUCUCGUGCUUUGGAUUUUUUUGUGAAUGAGGUAUACUGUAUGAUCUGGCCCCUAAGAACCGCCUUAAGUGCCUCCCAAGCCAUGCCCACAGAGGACCAGUUGGUCUCCAUAUAAACAUUGAUUUCAGCCUUUAACAUUUGUUGGAAUUCAGGAUUUUGCAAAAGGGAUACAUUAAAGUGCCAACUAUAUGAUUUCCUUUUUUCUAUAUGUGGCAGCACCUCUAAACUCAUCAGGGCGUGAUCUGAGACUAAAAUGAUUCCAAUUGAGCAAUGAACAACAGAUGAAAUGAGGGACUUAGAUAUAUAUAUAUAAAAUCUAUUCUAGAGUUAAUCUUAUGGACUGAUGAAAAAAAUUUAUAGUCCCUACCAGAUGGGUUCAAAAGUCUCCAAAUAUUUAUAAGACCAAGAUUUUUACACAUCCUGAGAAGCGUCAGUGUUGCUCUAGGGGGCUUGCACACUUGUGCUUCAAACAGCUAGUCCAUCGAAAGAUUAAAGUCUCCUCCCAAUAUUAUAUCAUGAGGGGUGCCAGCGGCUUGCAACAUCCCUUCCAGAUCUAUAAAAAAGCCCUGAUCAUCAAUGUUAGGUGCAUAAAUAUUAGCUAAAAAAAGGCUUUGCCCCUGAAUUUCUGCUAAAACAAUAAUGACUCUUCCUAAUUUAUCUUCAAACUGUUUGAGACAUUUGAAUUGUAGAUGCUUACUUAUCUGUGUUAUGACUCCCCUGCUCUUAUUGAGCCAGCACUAAAGAAAACAUAUCUGCCAAAUUUUUCAGCUUCCUGCGGGGAAAGAUGCGUUUCCUGAAGAAAAACUAUAUCAUAUUUCUUACGCUUAAAAGAGAAAUAACCUUCCUUCUUUUUAUGGGGUGCCCCAACCCAUUCACAUUCCAUGUGCAUAGAGACAAUCCGCUCAUAUUAACAUUUGACAUUUUGACAUAUGAGAAAAAAAUUGAUUGUGUGUCAAAAACAAAAUUAUAAAGACCACAUUCUAACAUUAGUGCAACAAUCAAACCCUGAACUUCCCCCAGAACCAAACAAACAGAAAAAAGAAAAAUGUGCGCAUUAACCCCGCGCAUGACUGCGCCAACUGCCGUCCAUCUCUCUAAACUCAACAGUCCAUGCACGCCUACGAGAGCCCCAGCGACAACUUUGCCGGCGGAUUGCUCAAGUCCGGAGUUUCUAUACAAAUUUUGUGAGACAGAGUUACACAACAACUGAUGAUCUAUAAAACAAACUCCAGCCAAUAGAAGGAAUAAACACAAAGAACGUGUAGAUUCAUCCACAUAACUGUCCCGAAGGUGUGUUAUUCCACAAAACAAACUCCAGCCGCUAGGCGGAACCAGCACAAAAAACAAAAGGGGUGCUCUGUUUCCUCGGACAGUCAAACGAAUGUUCAGUGAGCCAGCCCAUUCGGCUUCUACAUGACUGCAACAAAUUAUCUAAUCACUCCAAUUUCUUGCAAGAAAUACUCCACAAAACAAACUCCCGCCAGUAGGAGGCAUAAGCACAAAGAACCUGCAGUUUCAUCCACAAAACAGUCCCGAAGGAGUGUUACUCCACAAAACAAACUGGAACCAGCACAAAAAGAAACAAAAAGGUGCUCAGUUCCUUGAACAGUCAAGUGAAUGUUCAGUGUGUCAGUCCAUUCGGCUACAACGUGAGUACCACAAAAUAACUUACUCCAUUGACUUUAUGAAGGACAUCGCUUGCUGUGGGCAUGUAAAAGUUUUGUGGCCAUCCUUAGCAGCUAUUCUCAAUUUGGCAGGGAACGUCAGUGCAAAAGCGAACUUCCGUUGAUGUAAGAGCUUCUUGCAUUCCUUGAUUCGAUCACGUUUCUCUCUUGUCGAAUUUGCAAAGUCUGGGAACAAGAAAAUGCUGUGGUUCUUCCAAAAAAGCCUUCCUUUACUCCUCGCCUCGCGCAAAACGAGAUCUUUAUCGGAUGAUCUCAGAAAUUUGGCCAGAAUUGAUUGGGGCUUGUCUCCCUCAGCGGAUUGCCGAGCCGCAACCCUGUGAGCUCGCUCGAUUUCCAGCUUAUGGCCUGUUAUUUCAAGCAGAUUCGAAAAAAGCCUGUCCAUAUCCUAAACCCUCUUCGGCUUCAGGAAUUCCGACGAUUCGGACAUUAUUCCACCGGUUACGGUUCUCCUUGUCCUCCAAUUUCUCCCAGACGCACUCCAAAUCCACCUUGGUCGCUAGUGGAUUAGCAGAUAAUUCGCUCCCCAAUGACUCCAGAUAAUCGAUCCGUUUCUCGACAUCCCACACUCUUGUGACCACCUCAGUUAAUUUCAUCUCCAUGGCAGUGAUCGAUCAAUGUAUUACAGCAAGAUCCUCUUAAGUCAGUAACGACCUUUGUCAGCAUUGCUGACAAGUUCAACAUUUCUCGCCGAAUUUCCCGCACUUCCCCAACCAAAUGGAGUCCUAGGCUUGUGGCCUGCUGCUCAGGGGCGUCAGCUUGAGCACAUAAUGUUAAGCUUCAUUUAACGAAUCAAAUAGCUUUCAGCUGUGUUUCUAUAUAAUGGCAAGUGAUUUUCUAGUACCAAAUUAGCAAUUUAGCAUGAUUACUCAAGGAUAUGUUGUUGGGGUGAUGGCUGCUGGAAAUGGGGCCUGUCUUGAUUUGAUAAAAAAAAUGUUGCUGUUUUUUACAUCAGUAAUGUCCUGACUAUACUUUGUGAUCAGUUGAAUGCCACUUUGGUGAAUUAAAGUAUCUAUUUCCUUCCGAAACAGCUAAAUCUGUACAUUAUUCCAAACUUCUGGCCGCCAGUGUAUGUACAUAAUAAGUACAUUGUAUCAAAUGGUUAAGUACAUAGUAGUUAAAUAUAAUACCCACCUAAUAUAAAGUGGGUCACCCUAUUUUUCUUUAACAGUCAUCAGCUAAUUUCUGCCCUAAAAACUUGAUUCAUUUAGAAAUCAAGGAAUGUUACCUUGCCAUUUGCUCCAUUUUGCAUAUCAUAUAUUGCUGCAGUUGGCUUGAUGGCAGUUAAUGUCAUUUAACUUAAUGCAUGUUUUCUUUGUGUAGUAUAAUGUGCAAAAUUCUGAUUUAUUGCUUUCACAGGCCAGACUAUGUCAAUGUAACUCAUUUUCAACACUAAUAUCAACUUCCUUAGAGUCACUGUUCUGAACAGCUCACAGGUUGUGUUCAAGCCAAUGGAAUAAUAGAGUCUGCUGACUUUAACACUGUUAGCAUGCGAGAGAAAAAUUGGCCUUCUAUUGAUUUGUGUUGUUUACCUCCUCAGAGUUUUUGUCAAUAGAAGUUUGGCAAUGGAGAAAAUAAAAUGCUUUGGCUUUGAUAUGGACUACACUCUAGCAGUGUAUAAGUCUCCCGAGUAUGAAUCCCUUGGCUUUGAUCUCACUGUGGAAAGACUGGUUUCCAUUGGUUACCCACAAGAGCUUCUAAACUUUGUCUAUGAUCCUGCUUUUCCCACAAGAGGUUUGGUGUUUGAUACAACGUAUGGAAAUCUGCUGAAAGUUGAUGCAUACGGAAACAUUCUUGUGUGCGCUCAUGGUUUUAACUUCUUGCGUGGUCCAGAUAUAAGAGAGCUGUACCCAAACAAGUUCAUUCAGCGUGGAGAUACAGAGCGAUUCUACAUCCUCAACACACUGUUUAACCUACCAGAGACAUACCUUUUUGCCUGCCUGGUUGACUUCUUCACUAGUUGUGCCAGAUACACAAGUUGUGAGAUGGGCUUUAAAGAUGGAGAUCUUUUCAUGUCCUAUAAGAGCAUGUUUCAGGAUGUCAGAGAUGCUGUGGAUUGGGUCCAUUUCAAGGGGUCUCUAAAGGAGAAGACAGUUGAAAACUUGGAGAAAUAUGUGGUGAAAGACGCUAAAUUGUCAUUGCUUUUGAGCCGAAUGAAUGAAGUUUCCAAAGUGUUCCUUGUUACCAAUAGUGACUACAAGUACACAGAUAAAAUCAUGACAUACUUGUUUGAUUUUCCACAUGGUCCAAAAGCGGAUACACCUCAUCGGCCCUGGCAGUCCUACUUUGACCUCAUUUUGGUCGAUGCCAGGAAGCCUCUGUUCUUUGGGGAGGGCACAGUCCUGAGACAGGUGGACACGAGCACCGGGAGGCUCAAGAUCGGGACAUAUACAGGUCCCUUACAGCAUGGCAUUGUGUAUUCUGGUGGUUCCUCAGACAUAGUGUGUGACCUACUGGGAGCAAAGGGGAAGGACAUCUUGUACAUUGGUGACCACAUAUUUGGAGACAUCCUCAAGUCUAAGAAGCGUCAGGGCUGGAGAACGUUUCUGGUGAUUCCUGAGCUGGCUCAGGAGCUGCAUGUGUGGACUGACAAGAGCAUGCUGUUUGAGGAGCUACAGAGUCUGGACAUUUUCCUGGCAGAGCUCUACAAGCAUUUGGACAGCAGCAGUAAUGAGAGACCCGAUAUCAGUUCUCUUCAGAGGAGGAUUAAGAAAGUGACGCAUGACAUGGACAUGUGUUAUGGGAUGAUGGGAAGUCUAUUCCGCAGUGGUUCUCGUCAGACUCUUUUUGCAUCUCAAGUUAUGCGUUACGCUGACCUGUAUGCUGCAUCCUUCAUCAAUCUACUGUACUAUCCCUUCAGCUACCUGUUUAGAGCCGCCCACGUGCUGAUGCCUCACGAGUCCACAGUGGAGCACACUCAUGUGGACAUAUACGACACUGAGUCGCCCAUGGCGACCCGUAACCGUCACUCCAUUGACUUCAGAGAGCAGGAGAGUAAGAGACACCAGCUCACCCGCUCCAUAAGCGAGAUCAAUCCCCCCCAUCUCUUCCCUCUGACGCCACAGGAGAUCACACACUGCCAUGACGAGGAUGACGAUGAGGAAGAAGAGGAAGAAGAAUAACCAGACCUUUGGCAUUACUGUUAAACUGGAUUCAGGUGCUUUAGAGAUGUGUCUACGGUUUAAACAAGUAUGAUCAUUGCAUUCACAUUCAUUCAUAUACUGUAUUUUGUCGAGAUACAAGAGAGUACGUUUAUUUCUUGCACUGUAUAUUUCAAACCAGGUUCCAUUUUUAGAGUUUGGUGUGAGUAUGAAGAUAAAACUGGGGCUUUUGUUGUUUCAGCUUCUUAUUUUGAAAUGAGGUUUAUGGAAAUCUCACCAUAAGCCUUCACUCACCAAACUGUUGGCCUCACUUAAAAAUGUGUUGAAAAAAAUAAAAAUAAUAAUGAAAAGAAUUCAUUAAUUUCACUGUUUUGGUUAACAGAAAGUUUUCAAUAUCCCUGUUUAAAGUGCAUAACAAAAUCAGUUACAGUAUUUGCAUAUACUGUAAAACAAGGUCUGUCACUGAUUUAGUUAAGCUUGAAAUAAUAGCAUGCUUACUCGUACUAUGGCUCCAUGAAGUAUUAUAGAUUGUGUCUAAACCUUUGGAAAUGAGCCAUGUACUGCAGCAUGCUGGAAAGGAUUUUUGUUUUUGUUUUUUUUUGUCAGAACUGUUAGUAUGCACACUGCUCACAUAAUAUUGGGUGAUUUCCAAGCAAACAUUUAAAAAAUUUACGCAUGCAACUUGCCAUUUUAUACAUGCGUUACAAAUUACUUGGCAAUGCUGCAUAGCUGGAACUGAAGAGUAGAUAGUACUCAACCUCACCUUUUUUAAUGGCUGCUGAGAACAGCUUGGAAGAAUAAGCCAACACUGAAAUAGACAGACACCUGCGUUCUGUUCUAUUCGUUGCGCUGCGUCUAGCUUUUGUGCGCUUGAACUGGUUCGGUCUGAACGGCCCCUUUUGCACUCGCCAUGAUCACUGUGUUAUUAUUAGACCUUGAAUCUAGAGCAUAGAUUCACGAUUUAGCAUUUUUAUAUCCACUGAUAUAUAGUUAGUUCUACCAGGCAUUUUCAAAUGAAUAUUUUCAUUUGAAAUAAUGUUGUUUGAUGUAAGAGCAACCAUAGCAUUUGGGUGGAGACAAUGAAUUAAAAGGGAGAGGGUUUAAGCUGGUCUGGUUGUAAUAAUUGGCACCUGGCCAUGGAAACGAAGCUUUGUGGGUGACAGUGGACCAAGAGGAAGAAAGACUCUGUCAAAAUGAACAUUUGUAGCUAUUGUGUUUAGGCAGAACCUACAGUACAGUUACAGUCCAAAGCUGUCUGGGGACUAUUACAUUAAGGCUUAAUUUUUUUCCCCCGUCUGACACAGUGCUCAAAUUAGCACUAUUAUUUAGCACUAAUAUUUUUGAUGUUUUAUGUAAAGGAUGGAAUGGCCUACUGCCUUGGUCCAUGUUGCUUUGAAAUUAACAUGAGAACCCAUAUAUAAAACUGCAGUAUUUUUCUUGGUUCAUUUGAACAGUAUUUUUUAGUUGGGAUAAUAAAAAAAAAAAAACUGUAGGCUUGAGUUCC